AUGUCUCCAUCAAAUUCAACCAGAUGGUGUCCAACCCCUGAGCAGCUCAUGAUUUUGGAAGAAAUGUAUAAAGGAGGUGUGAGAACUCCAAAUUCUUCUCAAAUACAAAAGAUCACAGCCCAUUUGUCUUUGUAUGGCAGAAUUGAAGGCAAGAAUGUGUUUUACUGGUUUCAGAAUCACAAAGCUAGGGAGAGACAAAAGCUUAGAAGAAAGUUAUUGAUGACCAAACAACAACAACAACAACAGCUUCACCACCACCUUCAUCAGAAUCAUCAUCAUCAUCAUCUUCCAACAACAAGCUUCCUUGGCUGCUGCUUCUCCAAUCAUAAUUCAUCUCCCCCUCCUCCCAUGCAUCACCAAUCCAUCCUCAACUCAGCUGAUUAUCUUCACCAGGGUGGAGCUGAGGUUGGAGCAACACGAAUCAAGAACUACACAACAUGGAAGGUAGAUCCAACGGUGGAGAAUUGGAUGCUGAGAACUUGUUCAUGUGAUGAUUGGAUGGUGAUGAUGAAGAUGAGGGAAGCAGCAUCUCAUUAUCAUCAUGAUCAUUCUUUUCCUUGUUGCAGCAACAACAACAACAAUAAACCCUUGCAAACCCUUCAACUCUUCCCAAUCACAACUUCCACCGCCGUGAAAGAUCAGAGCACCGCCACUUCCAAGCCUACCGGCCACCAUUAUUAACUCUCCAUCUUUCAAGGAAAGAAAAGAAGCCAACCCUUUAUCCAAACACAGAGGAAGAUUAAACUUAGAUACUUGUAAUGUAUGAUAAAUAAAUAUUCUUGUUUCCCAUGUAGUAAUUAUCAUACAUGAAAAGUAUCGGAAUGAAUGAAUCUUCCCAAGUUUAGUUUAAGUGUAAUCAUCAUGUUGUUAGGUAGAGAUGGAUGAAAAAAAUUGUAGCCCUAUAAUUGCCCUAAUAAUUGCUACCAAGUAAUUUAGAAGUACUUUUUGUUGUUGUUGUUUUUUUUUGUUUUUGG